GUUGCUGUCCAUCCCAGUCGUUUCCUCGCUUUCUCCCUCGUUGCACUUAGGGUUCUUUGUCUAAAAAUUAUCGCGCCGAAGGAUCAACCAGCCCAAUCAGCUCGUCACCACCUGUCCCCUCCUCCUUUGAUGGCAAAACCAAGUUACUGAGACAGUACAGCUCCCUCUAGCAAACCUACGGCCGUGUACAUAGUGCCCGUCCACCUUUCUUUCUGAUGACGUCUGCCUCCGCGCACAAAGAUGAGAUGGGCAUUGCUGCCUACACCGACGGCCGGGAGGCCCGCGCAUCUGCACCUUUGUACCUGACGCACCGCUGCCGACCCAACUCCACCACUACGCACGCCUCGCGGUGGGUGCGCCGCAGCAAGAAGACCCUUGCUGAUCGUCUCUUAGCAAUAACAAGCAACUUUCCCAUCUCAACGUGGUCGUGGACAAGCGUGUCAACGACAGAACCUUCAUCUAUCUCUAGGAGCAAGCUACCGCCCACGGCUUCACUCCUUGAAACUUGGCGUCGCCGACAUUACACGGACACCAUGUCCAGCGGCAAAGUGGAACUCCUGGGCGACAAUGUGGAAAUCCUCGACUACGAACCCGAGGGCGAGGCUCCCACCGCAGAGCAGUUUCCAGCGGCGGGUGCAGAAGACGAGAGCCCCCCCAUGUCCAUGGUGUUCACCGUCGAUGAUUUGCUGGACAACAUCGCCACAGCAGAUCCGGCGGAACUGGAGCGGGCCUACAACACCGGACGUGUCUCUCUGGAGGAUAUCGUAGAAGCGGCCCAUCUGUCGUCCGAUUCCCCCCUUUUCGUUCCUCCUUUCUCGCUCCCGCCGGAAGACAGAUUAAUCCUCUUGCCCCACGACGAGUUUAUGGCGUACCAAAGGUUGAACGAGAUGUGGUGCGACGGUCUUGCCGGGAAGAUAGCAGAGGCGGAGGCGCGAGAGCAGGCGAAGCGCGAGGACGCGGAGCGCUUGGCGGAACGGGAGGCUGCUCUGGCCGCUGCGGCGAGGAAGCAGGAGGAGGAGCGUGAGGCUGUUCGGGCUGCUGCGGCGAGGAAGCAGGAGGAGGAACGUGAGGCUGCUCUGGCUGCUGCGGCGAGGAAGCAGGAGGAGGAGCGUGAGGCUGUUCGGGCUGCUGCGGCGAGGAAGCAGGAGGAGGAACGUGAGGCUGCUCUGGCUGCUGCGGCGAGGAAGCAGGAGGAGGAGCGUGAGGCUGUUCGGGCUGCUGCGGCGAGGAAGCAGGAGGAGGAACGUGAGGCUGCUCUGGCUGCUGCGGCGAGGAAGCAGGAGGAGGAGCGUGCGGCUGUUCUGGCGGAGCGUGAGGCGUAUCUCCAAGCGGCUAGGGCGAAGCAGGGGGCGCUCCGAUCGCGGCUGAAGGAGCUGGAGCCCCGCCACCAGGACCCGCGAGCAGCCCCCCACCCCCGUCGCCGUGUUAUCGUCCCCCCCCCCACGCAAUCCCAGGUGCACCUUGGUUCCCAUCGUACCGCCUCGCCGCACGAGAAGGAGCGCGAGGUGGCGGCGUCUCCGACGAACGAGCAGGAGCGGAAGAGGACAGCGACUCCGGAGUUUUCGGUGACUUUGGGUCUUCCGGCUGGUGCUGAAGACGGGGCAUCGUUUGCGGCGGCAACCACGGUGUACGAGUUCCACGUUGGAGAUACAGCGUUCCUGUCCCGCCCGCUGGAGAUGCCUGCAGAAGGUGUCACCUUCCACGACGAAGAUAAAUUGGCAGCUCUUUUUGCAUGGGCUGGCAUCAAACAACUUGUCCGUGCACAAUUCCCCCCACCGCACACCGUUGCUUUCGGGCACAUCUACCACACACCGUACCUCGCGAAACUUCCGCCUUCUUCGCGGCAGUCCGUGUUCCAGCUGUUGUUCGCUCUCCGUCGUGCCACCUUUCAUGAAGGUCCUCAAGGAACGUCGGUGGUGACCCAGGAGGGAGGACUCCAGCUGCCUCUUGCUCGUGCUGCUUCGACCAACGACUUCAAGCACGAUCUACAAGCCCCCCGGCAGGCCUCUUCACGCCCUGCACAUGGUUCUGGAGAAAACAAGGAUUUCAGUAGGUCGGCGGCUCCGGUGUCCAAGAGCUGGAAGAACCGUUGGGGCGACCGGGAUUCGACGGCCAAGAGCGGGACGGACGACCACCACCGCUUCACCCAGUCUUCGCGAGGGCGCGGCGUCGGAGAUAACAGGCGAGGGCGAGCCGUGGGGAACCAGCCUACCAGGUUUUGGGUUGUGCCGGCUCGAGCCGGGAGACUUUAUUGGAGUGGCUGCCGCGCCGCUACUACGAGUACCGGUGGAAACCCUGAAGGCGGCACCAUCUUCGAUUCCUACCGGCCCCACAACAUCUACAUCACCACCUCGGGGACGAAGUCCGUUGCAUCACGCCCGUAUCGUAUCAACCCGUUGAUGCAAAAUAAAGCGGAUGCCGUUUUGGACCAAUAUUUGGCGGCAAGACUCAUUCAACAUUCCACAUCUCCGUGGGCUUCUCCUUUAGUUGUCAUCCCCAAGAAGGACGGAUCUGUUCGCAUCACCGUCAACUACAAACGUCUCAACGCUCUGGUGGAUUUGGAUGGACAACAUCUCCCUCGAGUGGACGGUAUCUUGGAUACUUUGUACACCGGGAAAGUGUUCUCCAUCUUCGACCUCAACUCGGCUUUCCCUCAGAUCGUUUGUGAUGAAGACACUGUCCCGCUCACCGCCUUUUGCACGCCCACGCAGUUCUUCGAAUGGCUUCGGAUGCCGCAGGGCGCCAACGCAAGUCCGUCUUGGUUCAUCAAGGUCAUCAACAGAGUGGUGCACGGUCUGGAGCGUGUGCUUGCUUAUCUGGACGAUGUAAUCUGUUUCGAUGAGGAACCUCUGGGACACGUGGUGAACUUGAUCGAGUUCUUCAAACGACUGCGACAGUACAACCUCAAACUGUCUUCAGGGAAGGCUCGCGUCGGCGCCACGCACGCCAACUUUCUCGGUCACACCAUCUCUCCGGCAGGUGUUAGCCCUGAUGGCGUCAAGGUUAGGGCGCUCACGCACAUGCCGCCGCCGACGAAUGUUAAGCAGCUUCGGAGCCUUCUCGGUGGACUCAGUUACUACCGGAAAUUCCUCAAGAAUCUCGCCACCAAGGUGCGGCCUCUCAACUCUCUUCUCAAACAAGGCGUCCCCUUCAAGUACACCCCGGGCAUGGUCAAGGUUGUCAAAACGUUGUUAAGCGAACUCGCUCGCCCCCCGAUUUUGGUCUUCCCGGAUUGGGCAGCAAUCGAGGACAACAGCCGUCUUCUUCGUUUGUGUUCCGACGCGUGUAUCGACGGUUUUGGCGCCUCCUUGGAACAAGAACAGCUCGAUGGCUCGGUGAGACCCAUCGUGUACAUCAGCCGCGCUACUCUUCCUGCGGAGCGUAACUGGACCGUUUUGGAUCUGGAGGCUGGUGGCAUUGUUUGGGCCAUCAAACGCCUUCGCGGCUGUCUGUGGUCGACCAAGUUCAUCAUCUAUUCGGACCACAAAGCCUUGGAGAGCAUUGGCAAGGUUGGGGAACACAACGCUAGGGUGCAACGAUGGCUCGAAUUCCUGUCCAACUUCACCUACACCCUGAAAUAUCGGAAAGGUUCGGCAAACGGCAACGCGGAUUUUCUUUCGCGGUUGCCUUUACCAGCACAAGACACGGACAAAACCGGUCCCGACUGCAUUGAUGGUGUCGAUCAAGCGGGUGUUUUCCUCAUUUGGGCUUGUGGGCGCAACUAUCACUCGUCGUCUACACCGGAGGUCCCGCUCGACAAACAAGACCACCCGGACCGCCGCGCGUCUGCUGCCGCCAUCCGCAACGCCGGCAUCAGCGUUUUCGUCGACUGCUCUUGCGCCACCGGUGUCUUCGCCGUUAGCGGCGCGCCCUGCAUCCCCGACUUCGCCUUCUCUACAGAUGAUGUGCUUGUGUUGGCGGCGAAAACCAGACUGCACACGACCGAUGACAACAUCACCCUUCUCGUACAUAAAUCGGUGACGUCGCCGGUUGGGCGCUCUGGCGGCAGGACCACUCGUCUGCCGGAUACUGGCGUGCCCCGUGUCUACGUGCCAAUGCUGAUGCGUCCGUGGGUCCUUCAUGCAUGCCAUACGGCCGCGUCAUUCCAUCUCGGCGUCCAUCGUACACAGCGUCUGCUCGAGCGCUUCUACUGGUGGAUUGGUUUGGAUCGUUCCGUGCGCUGGUGGCUUCGGGCGUGUUUGGUGUGUCAAGCUCGCAAGACUUCACGUCAGACUGCUCGGUGGCCCGUCAUCGCUAUGCCAUUGCCGCAGGGGCCUGGUACGGUCGUCGGCGUCGACUUCUUCGGACCUCUGCCAGUGACUGCCAAGGGCAACUCCUACAUUUUGUUGUUCACAGACCGUUUCAGUCGGAGAGCCGACAUGUUCGCAGUUACAGCGGCGGAAUUUACGGCGAGAGGGACGGCUCACAUCUUCGUCAACCAAUACAUGACCAAGUGGGGAUGUCCGACUACGUUAUUGUCGGACAACGGACUGCAUUUCUGCUCGAAGCUCUCCAUGGCGAUCUACGAGGUGAUGAAGAUCAAGAAGGUCACCACCAGCUCCUACCACCCACAGACCAACGGCGGCACUGAACGCGUCAACCACACGAUGGCCCAGAUGCUUGCGGUGGUCGUCAACGAACAGCAAAACGAUUGGGACAUACAUCUCCCGCACGUUGAGUUUGCCUACAACAAUUCCGUGAACCAGUCUACUGGAUUAGCGCCAAACGAGAUCCAGAUCGGACGCAUCCCGCGACUCUCGCUUUCGGGCUUCGAUCAUCCCACGGUGGUCAUCAAAGCUUGGCCCGCGAUCAACUCGAGUAUUGCAACCUGGCUGUCGAUCGCCAGCGUCGGGCCUACGAACUUGCCCGUGAGUACAACGCGCUGA